AGAGCGAGUAUCCAGGAAGUAGUCUGGAGUUAUCAGCAGGUCUCCUGUACGGCGCUACUUGUUUUUCUUCAGAGCCUUAAUCAGGGUUGAUACGAAAUGUCGGCCUUCGAUAGCAAUCCGUUUGCGGAUCCAGUGGAAGUCAACCCAUUUCAGGAUCCUUCUGUCACGCAGUUAACCAGCUCCAAUAAUGAUAGAAUUGAAGAGUUCAACCCUUUUACAGAAAAUUCGCGUUUGACUAAUCCAGCUCAGACAACUGUUCCAGCUCAAGUGAAUGCUUCGCAACCUGCUGUUUUACAGCCUUCAGUUGAGCCUAGUGCAAAGGCUAAGGUUACAGCUGGACAAACUAACCUACUUAAGCAACAAGAAGAGCUGGAACGAAAGGCAGCAGAGUUAGACCGCAAAGAAAGGGAGUUGCAAGCAAAGGAAGUUCCUAUUUCAUCUUCCUCAUCCAAACAAAAUAACUGGCCACCUUUGCCAAGAAAUUGUCCAGUUAAGCCUUGCUUCUAUCAAGACUUCAGUGAAGAAAUACCAGCAGACUUUCAGAGGAUAUGCAAGAUGAUGUACUAUCUUUGGAUGUUGCAUACAGUCACAUUGUUCCUCAACUUGCUGGCAUGCUUGGCAUUGUUCAUAGUUAAGCCUGAUAAAGGAGUGGAUUUUGGUUUGUCCAUUUUGUGGUUUGUCCUCUUCACCCCUUGUGCUUUUCUCUGUUGGUACAGACCUGUUUACAAAGCUUUUAGGUCAGACAGCUCCUUCAAUUUUUUUUUCUUCUUUUUUGUGUUUUUCUUCCAAGUUGUUGUAUAUGUGAUACAAGCUGUUGGAAUCCCAAACUGGGGUAACAGUGGCUGGAUAUCUGCUUUAUCUGUGAUGAAUGACAACCUGGCUGUUACCAUAAUUAUGAUAAUUGUGGCUAUUUUCUUCACCACUUGUGCAGUUUUAUCAAUCAUCCUACUGAAGACAGUUCACUCCAAAUAUAGACGUACAGGUGCCAGCUUCCAGAAGGCCCAGGAGGAGUUUUCCCAUGACGUGUUUUCAAACAGAAGCUUUCAGCGUGCUGCAUCUAGUGCUGCCUCUUCUGCCGCCCAGGGCGCCUUCCAAGGAAAUUAGUGUGGAAGAAAAAUGGGGAAAUUAUCAGAUCUGCCCGAUAACUUUAUUACUGAGAAGUUGCACUUUCAGAUUAUUACAAUUAAUGUAUGGUAUGCUUACUGUACCUGUUGGUUCAAUACACUUUGACUGAGUUUAAUGUUAAAGUAACCCUGUUAUGAUGAGGCUACAUACAUUAGUCUGAAAAGAAAAAAAAAAAA